UCACAGGGCGACACGGCUUGGUUACAGUCUGGUACUUCGUCUCCACAACUACUGGAACCUGCAAUAAUACCGCCGUCGAUAAGUGUCACCUUGACACAAUACUAUAUAGUACCUAGUGCCUAGUACCUUUAGUUCAUACAUGCAAUAAAAAGCAACUGGAGGCCGGAGUAUUGACGAGUAAAGUGCCCAGCGUUUGAGGAUAGAGGAGGAUGGUGCUGGGAGUUUUGUAAUUGAUUUAUUUAGUAAAAGGUCCACACCUAGACGAGUAGAGGAGAAUGUAGAAGAUCUAAGUGAGCAACCUUCGAGGAUAAAACUUGGUCGACAUCAGAAUCCUUACUAUACUCCUUAUUCCUUUCACUGACGAUAAAAAACCCACGGCCGACUAAUUCUUACUCUUCUGUCUUUAAUCCGCGAUAUACUUUUUUUUACCCAAUAAAAUGAUUCAAACAAACGUUGCGGUAACAACUACGACGACUACAACGACAUCAACAAAAUCAACAAUAAAUAAAAAUUUAAAUACUGAAAGUAUUGUUAUUAAAAAUUUAUCUGAUGGGGAAGUGAUAACGUACAGCUUGGUUCUGAUACGUGGACAAGCACCGUCUCUGUGUACUAAAAUAAACAUCCGUACUCAGCAUAAUCACAAUUUAAAGUCAUCCUCGAUUACAGAAUGGCCUAUUAUUGCCGGGGAAUUCCGUAUCCUGGUAGAUUUAGCACGUGGAAUAAAUAAACUUGAGCUGGAAACAGCAAAUGGAAUUAAAAAACAAUUGACAUUGAUACACGAGCCGAAAAAGUCACGACUACGGGUUACGCCGAUCUAUGUAAUUUGUGCAGGUCACGAUGGAUAUUUUCAGGGUCCGGCCAAUGAAGACUGUUCUCCAGAGAGCGCGGCAACGAGAAUAGGACUUGGAGCACGUUUAUUACAAUCAUUAACGGCUGAAAAAUUACAAGAAGCCGGGCAUGGACGAAAAACAUUUCAGUUAGAGCGAGAUCUUGACGGUCCCGAGUGUUUGGUAAUGCACAGCAUGCUCAAUGUGGACACUGCAAGAGCUAUGAAUCAACGUGAGCUGUGGGAAUUUGUAGGUCGCGAAAUAAUGAAAGGUCCGCUGGCAUCUAAAGACAGAAAAUAUUUGGCAUUUUUAUCGUGUACUAAAUACAGAGGGGCUCCAAGUCCUAGAACACAUGAGGCAACUCUGGCAAGCACCCAAGGGCAUGCGGCACUUGGCGGCGGUGGUCUUGCACUCUUUGGAUCCGCAUGUCUUCAUACUUGGCCUACAACUCUUAAUCAAGUGUUACCAAAAUUUUUAGACACCACGAUAAUUGACACUGACGUUCUGAUGGACGACAGUAAUUAUCGCGGUACCUACGGCGGAUGUCUAGCCACAACACUUGGCUCCGUUCUCCAUGAACUUGCUCAUACCUUUGACUUGGGUCACACGCGUGAGGGUAUUAUGGGUCGUGGAUUUAAUUACGUUGAUCAUGUUUUCAUUGCUCGAGGUGCUGCUAAUAACCAUCCGGUAAUUGGUACCGAUAACAAUCGUAAUGCUCGUAACAAGGAUCCGCAACGCAGUACUAUAACCCUGAGCAAACCACUCAGUGUCACUGUUACAAUAAAUAAUAAUAACAUCAACAACAGUCAAUCCAUUACAAGCCUAGCAAACUCAAAAGAUCAACGACAAUGUGUGCUAUCAGAAUCAUACGAUCAAAAUUCUAAAACAAAAGCCCUUGAAGCUGAAAAUGAAAAUUCAGUCUCCCAACCAGCAAGUCCAGAUAUUGAUACUCCAUUCCAUAGUAAUUACAAUACAUAUGUAUUUGAGACGUCAUUUUUACAACCUGAUAAAAUAUUUUGGGGGCCUUCCUGCGCAACAAUACUCGCUUAUCACCGAUGGUUUGCUACCGACAACGAGCACGAUGUAAAUAAUGAUCAUAAUUCUCACUAUUAUCGCAAUAAUUGUCAAAUUGAGUACAAUGCCAAGAGAAACGUCAUAAGAUCAUCAUAUGGGAUUCGCGUUAUAGAAUUACGCGACGCAUCCACCGGUAUGGUAAUAAACUACCGUCAGUUUCCAGGCGUACGUCCACCCUUGGAAGCACUUGUUCCUCCACUGUCUUCGCCACUAGCUCACACCUGUUACGACGCUCCACUGGUUAUUUUUGCCGAAGAUUCAGUGGGUAAUGUACUCAACAUUACCUCUUCCUUACAUACUCCUGAAUUUUAAUAUUUUUAAAAAUAUUUUAAAUUUAUACAACAGCUAUUUUGCUAGUUCUUUAUUAAACUAAUAUAGUGCAGUUAUUUAAAUCUUGGUACUUAUGCUGAAAAAUUUAAUAAUUCUUAUACACAUACGGACAUGAUGAUAUUGUUAAAUUAUUUAUUUAUAUACUAUACAAUUAAACCUAACGUAGGAAAUGUGAGACAAUAUGCGCGCAAGUCUUGCAUAUUAUUAACUCCAUGCGUGCCUACUAUUGCCUUAAAAUUUUUAGCAAAAAAAAACAAAA